AUGACAGAUGAGUUUCUGUUUCAAGACAAUAAGAACCAUACUGUCUGUAUAAAUCCAACAAAAGGAACUUUAAACGAGAAACCUAUAAAUGAACUUCUUUUGAAAGCAGAUGUUGGCAACAAAGCUGACAAAGAAUAUGUAGACGAUGCAAUAGCAAAAGAAGAAGAAAGAGCUAACAAAGCUUAUGCAACAAAAGAACAUACUCAUCCUGAACUAGCAGACAAAACAUAUGUUGACAAUAAAAUGUCAAGUGAAGUGACAAGAGCUGAAAACGAAUAUUCUAAAAAGACUCAUACACAUACCAUUGCAAAUAUUACAAACUUACAAGAAACCUUAAACAUGAAAAGUGCCGUUGGACAUACACAUUCUAUAUCUGAAAUAACAGACUUAAACGUUAGCCUUGAAAAGAAAGCAGAUAAGGAAUGGGUGGCUAGUGUGUUAGUGAAGAAGGCGGAUAAGGAAUAUGUGGAUGAAAAAGAUAACGAAAUUAUAGAAAGGGCUGAAUGGUAUCAUGAAUGGACAUCGAAGAUUUUAAAAACUAAAGCCGAUACAGGAUGGGUUUCAGGAUGUUUAGACCUUAAAGCGGAUAAAACAUAUGUUAACGAUGAGUUAGACAACAAAGCAGACAAGAACCAUACACAUAAAUCCUUCACAACUGUUAGAGCAGACGACAUAAUAUUGAACUUUGACCUUGGUUCAAGUGCACCUUUAGAGAAUCCAAGUACAAGCGUAAAAGAUACACUAAACAAUUUAGAUAACAGUUGCAGGAACAUUGAAAGUCAUGCCAGAAACUUUGAAGCAUAUGAACUACCAGCAAUGUUAGAUAAGAAGGCUGACAAAACAGAGCUUCAAACAUUAAAGACUGAAAUACUUCAAACAUUAUAUCCUGCAGGCUCUAUUUAUACGUCAAUGAACUCUACCAGACCAGAAGUAGUACUUGGUUUUGGUGAAUGGAAGCAGAUUGUAGACAAAUUCUUAUACUGUGCUAGAUAUUCAAAGACGGCAGGAGGUUCGAAGAAAAUUAAAGAAGCAAACCUUCCACCGCACACUCAUACAGGAACGACAAACACAACAGGUAGUCAUUCACAUUCAAUAACAAAAAGAGGUUAUAGAAAUCUUGCAGCAGGUUCGGAUAGACAGGGAAUGGAUAGAUAUGAUAUUUCAAGUGACCCGGUAGAUUCAAACGCGGGGAUUUUCUGUGGAACCGCAGGAAAUCAUUCACACACUUUCACAACAAAUCCAACAGGCUUGGGUAAAGACUACAUGCCACCUUACAUGACAGUUUACGCAUGGUAUAGAAUUGCUUAG